UUUUUGACAAUUGUAAACGUCGUAAUUCCUGUUUCUACGUACGUGACAAUUCUCUUGUGGUGUGCGAACUCAAAUGUUGUGCCUCACAUUUUCGCGUUACGCGAAAACAAGAAAAAAGUGAUUGCAGCAGUCAAGGCAAAAAGUAAAGCAAAAUUGUCGUCCAACGAGCUUGUUGGCGGCGCGCGUCGAGUAAAAAAAGAGUGAAGCCGAACGCCAUGGCGUCUACAACAAAUAGUGGUCAACAAAAUGCCGGUAUAAAUACUAUGGUCGCGGAACGGUCAAAACUCUUCCCGCUAAAAAGUAUUGGUGAUGUUGUGAAAUUGUUUCGAUCGCAACUAGAAACACCGGAUCCAGAUUUAACGCUGCUCUCAAUCGUGGCUGGUUACAUUGAAAAUACGCUGACUUGUGCGGGAGGCGGUGGCGCUGGAACAGGUGGCGGAGCUGCCGGGCAGGACUCGGGAGGACAGGCGGCCUUGAACCUGGCCGAGAAAAUAAACGGCUUUCCAGUAGUGACUUUUGAGAUAGUGGAUGGCCUCUACAAGAAGUUCCAGACGGUGCUUUCCGUUUUCGACAAGCCAAAGUCGGCCAAGUAUCCAAAUCGGCUGGUGAUAAAGAGGAUUUCGGAUAUCAUAUGGAAUUCGUUGAUCCGUAGUUCAUACAAAGAUCGAGCGCAUUUACAGAACCUCUACAGUUAUCUAUCAGGCAAUAAACUAGAUUGCUUCGGCGUUGCGUUUGCCGUAGUGGCAGCUUGCCAGUUCCUGGGCUACCGAGGAGUUCACUUGGCUAUUUCGGAAGACCAUGCUUGGGUGGUUUUCGGGAAGAACCGUGUGGAGACGAUCGAAGUGACAUGGCACGGAAAAGGCCACGAAGACAAACGAGGGCAGGACGUGCUGGCAGGUUACGAGUCUCGGUCCUGGCUCUACUUGGCAGGGCACCCCGUCAUUUGUGACCGGUAUAUGGAAGUUGCGGCGCUGGUCUCGUCUAUAAAUCCAUCUCUAACGCUUACUAGUGAAUGCUUAGAGUUAGCUGAACUACAGCAACAGCUUUUAUGGCUGCUCUAUGACCAAAAGCAUUUGGAAAAGUACCCAAUGAUGCUAGGUAGCCUUGGUGAGUUUGAGGAGGUUUCGCCUUCUCCAGGACGUCCUUCCAGCGAGGAGCUGUACGCGGAGGCUACUAAGUCAGCUCAAAACUAUUACAAAAACCAUCACGUUUACCCGUAUACCUACCAAGGUGGUUACUACUAUCGGCAGAAUAUGUACCGUGAAGCGUUCGCGUCGUGGGCGAAUGCUAGCGACGUUAUCCGCCUCUACAAAUAUUCACGCGACGAUGAGGAAAUUUAUAAGGAGUUCCUGGAGAUUGCAAACGAAACAAUCCCGCAUGUGAUGAAAACGGAAAGUUCCGGUCACUCUGCGAAAAGCAUACUUCGGGAUUCUGUGUGCUUCGCGAAUUUGUUACGGUUCUACGAUGGAAUCUGCCAGUGGGAGGAAGGCAGCCUCACUCCAAUCCUGCAUAUAGGUUGGGCGAAGCCUCUCGUGAACAAUAUCUCGAAGUUCGACUACGACAUUAGAUCGCAAGUGAUUAUCAACUGCGCAAAAGACGACGAUGACGAGAAGGUGACAGGGAAAAACAACGAUGCUAGUGACAAGCAUAAGACGAAAGAGGAGGAGACCCCCAGUCAAUUGGAUGAAGGGAACAAUAAUUUUAUCAAAAGCGAUGAGGCUAAAACUGAAAACCCAACACUGGCUGCACUCACAGCUGCUUGCGGUGAAAAAAUUUUAAAUCCUGAGUUUCUCCUCCAAGGCGGAGGUCAACCCUUCGCUGACCAGAAGCAACGGAAGACUCCGGAUCCCAAUGACGCAAAUAGGCAGAGUGAGAACGACUUUAAAUCAUCGCAAAAUUCUAUUAAACUGGAAAAUAACACAAACAACAUUGAGCCUAAACUAGAGCUUAAGAACGAUAUAAUCUUAAAACAAAACGAAAGACUCGACUAUGAUGAGUACAAACCAAAACGACCGGUGAUCACCCUUUACAGCCAAAAGAUGAAAGGUCUUAAGGAUUUACUUCUUGCGGAAAAGUUAAACACACACGCAAUAUCAUUACAAGUGACGGCUCAAUCUCAGGUGGCGGGGAAAAAAGGUCGUGGAGACAAAUCACAUCAUCACAAUCAGAAUCACAAUCACCCGGCAUCGACAAAUAAUGCGCAAACUGUCGUAUCUGAGACAGAGACUUAUAGCCGUCCAAAACGGACGCGACGCGAAUAAGUGAAUGAAAUUAUUGAUUCGAUGGAGGGAAAUUACUAUAUGAUUAGGUGCCUUUUUAUCUUGAGAAUUCGAGGAUAUGGUAUGUUUAUAUUUUAUCCACUGAUUCAAUUCUAUAUUCUGUAUAUACAAAAACGAACCCUGAAAUUUGAAAAUAUUUACGAGAAAUUAUUAGAUUUCUAAAUUUAUGGGCGAGAUGAAUCACUACAUAGUAUCUCGUGUUUAUGUUAGUGCUACUUUAUGCAAGCCAAGGUACCAUGUGGGACAUCAAGCUAUGACAAAGUCAAUUUGUUACUGUUUUCUUUGAUUUUAUUCCAAAAAUAUCAAGUGUUUUUUAACUGUCGGCAUACAUCUUUCAUGCAACAAAGAAAUCGAAUUGGAAAAUAAUCGUUCAAACUUUUAUAGUCAGAGCGUUAAUGAAGUAAUGGAUCGAGGCAACUUUUGCGGAGGAUGCACUGCUAGUUUCUGAAUUGUGUGAUGUGUAUCAUAAUUCUACCGCCUUUAAUGCAGAUAUCGAUAAUUUUCUAGAACGCAUGGAACUUUAUAUCUUAAUUUCAUGUUUUCCAGGAUUCACAUAAUUUAUGAAAGAUACUUAUUUUUCGCAUUUUUGGUAAGAUUGCGGAAUGAACAUUGUUGCUCUGUGAAGUAUAUUUGUUCCAGAAGUUAUGUUUUCUUAGGCGAAUAUAUAGGAAGGGGAACUCAUUGUUUUUGAAAACUUCAGAGAAAAUUAUCACUAAAUAUUUUCCCUUCAAAUAUGAGAGAAUGUUAUUUUUUAAUAGGUUAUUACGUAAACAUUGCUCGUCUGACGAGUUCCUUAUAGAGUCUUUAUUUUUAACUUUCCAACAUGGUUUGGAAGCAAAAACAACUUAUUAAAUAUUGAAAUCAAAUUCUAGUUUUACAUACACAAUAUUGAGUUGUGCGUUCUAGGUUUGACGUAACUUUCGCUUAAGUUAAUUGUAUGUGCUAUUAGUAUUUUAGUAUUUAAUCGUCUAUUGCUGGUGGUCAUAUAGAUGAGAAGUUCCGUAGUGGCAAACAAAAACAUCGUCGUAAAGCUAAACCAAUUUGUUCGAGUGAGUGAGUGAGUGAAGAUCGGAAAUUGAACAAUAAUCGCAAUUCAAAUUCAUCUAUAGAUGAGACAUACUAGGCAAUAACAAUUGCAACACACUCAUAUAAUUUCCAUAGUAAAAAAAGACCAUAGUUUUCUUCAAAUAUCGUAGAAAGAUUCAUUGGGAAGUUAACUCGAAUGAUUCAGGGUUAUUAAUUAAAUAUUGUCUCUGGCUUUUUGGCAUAAAUUUUAAUUUUUAAUACACAAAUUGCAGCUACGAAGUUCUCUUUGGGCCACUUAUAAUUAAUUUAACGAAUUUACUUCUCUAAGAAAUUUUGUAUUUCAUACAUUCUUCGUUUUAUUUUAUUAUUGAUAAAGAUAACUUAGUACAAACGUUGUGAUGUUGAUUAAAAGAAAUAAUUUCAUCACAAAUCUGCAGAAAAAUCAAAACAGAACUAUUGAUGGAUGUGAAAGAAAAAAUAUCCAUAAACUCUCUUACAUUGUGCUUAUUUACAAAGUCAUUUUGAUGUUAUUUUGUUUGUAGUAUCAUUUUACACAUGAUUGAAGCUAGAAAGUCUGGAAUUUAGAUGCUGUGGCUUUACAGUUUUUAAAAUUACCUAUUGUGUCCACGUUUAUUUGAGUUUAUUGUUACCAACUUGCCUCCAAAUUUUAUUCAGCGCCCUGUAUCCUUGCGUUUGGAAAAAAGUAAAGAAUUUCAUCACCGUCAAAGAUUGAUAGUGAAAAAAGAUGCGAGUAAUGAACCUGUUUGAGGACUAAAGCAUUCUCUGCGUAGCACUGAUAUUCUAUUAGUUAUUCAAACAAAACAUAUUCAAUAUAGAUAUUGAUAUUGAUUACUAUUCAAAUCAACUAAUAUCUUGCUGAGGUUGUGUUCAUAAUUAACAAGUUAUAAAUGUCUUUCGUUGAUGAACGCAAUAUGAAAAGGUCGUGGUCGUGGUCGUAGGUUCAAAAUUACAAUUUUUUUGUUUGUCACGUUUAGAGCGCAGCUAAAAUUGGUGUGGUUGGUUGAUUUUGGUCCGGCUCAAGCAAUUGGCCGAAACUUACCUUGGUCCCCCUAUAUACAUAUUUGUAACAUUCUCGUGAUAACUGAAUUGGCAGUGAAUGCCCUAAUAGCAGCUAUGUACUACAAGUGUCGUUUAAAAUGCAGCUUACGGCCAAUCAUAACUCCAGAAUAUUAAAAGAUACAUUUUUCUUUCGGUUAAUAAUUCGCACUUCUUGACUUUCAUAAUCUGCAAGUGAGAGGUCAACAUUCUCUAGGCACGACAUAAUUUCCCGAAUUGCUUCAUUAGUGUAUAUUUCGAUCUCAUCUCAUCAUCUUGUAGGAUUGAACGUACUUUUAACGCAAGGGUUAUCAUCGAACCUCAUUAUUUAUCUUCUUCGAUUGCAGUUUUACAUUUUAUUAUUAUUACAUAUUCGGUCGAAGACUUUGUCGCUGGGUCUAAGAGGAAUACAGGCCUGCAGGAAAAAAAAAUCAUUCAAGGGCAUCUCGGUUGGAAGUGGUUGCCCUUCAUUUUCAAUAUAACCGAAUUUUAUAUAUGUGUAGUUUCAGUUUUGCUUUGCCUUCGCAUCUUUCUCCGCUCGUGUAACUCCUAAAACUCUAACGUCAACUACGCUAGCUACAGGUUCUUGCUUUAAAGCAGGUCUUGCGACAUUAUGCUUUUUUCGUAUUCUAUCAGUAAUUCGGCCUGUUUUCCUAGAGUACGGUAUGACGUGACAUAGACGCUUGACGUGCUUGUUGCACCCCGGCUAUAAUUGGUUAAAUUUUUAACUUGCGUUUUUUGUCAGCUUGAAACUGAUUUUCCUUUUAAAGAUGUCGUUCUCCUUGACACACCAGUGCGAUUCCUUAGCUACUAUAUCGCUGAAGAAGCUGUUUUAUGGGAGGUUUUUCCCCUUCGGAAAGUAGUUUUGGUAUCUGUGUUAGCAACGACAACGAGUCAUUAGUUAACAGCUGCCCCACUAUUCAGUUCUAGAAAUCUUCAGCUAUAAUCUUCCGAUGAUGGUCGGCUUGCAUUGUGAGCUAGUUUACUACCAAUAAAUUUUCCUCCACUAACAUUAGACUUGGGGUAGAUUUAUUUUCUGCGCCUUUCCCAUUCCUCUGUUCCUUAAUUUGCCUGAUUCGCCACAUCGCUAUAUGUUGUCCCAAUGCUGCUGGACACUUUUUAUGAAUAAAGGUUUGUCUUUCUUUCUUACUUUCGUCACAUUUAAGUCCGGAAUAUAUUGCUCGUUCUAUCUGAUGACUUUUUCUAAAUUUCGCCGAUCAUUGUAUAGUAAUGAUUGGGGAUGAUGCCAUAACCCUGAUGAAGACAUAUGCAUUGGUGUAUUUUGGUCCCAAUUACUACCUUUCGAUUUCCAGUUUUUGGAGACUGUCCAUUUUUCGUUGCUGAUAAGAAUUCAAUGCAGGGCUCUCAGAUGUAUAGUAGGCAAAAUAGGAAUGCUUCGGAUGAAGAUAUUGGAGCUCUACUUCUCAUCCAUAUUAUAGGUGCAGUACCAAAAUUCCAUUCUCAUCCUACAAGUUAUAGUAAUUGUUAAUAGCUAAAUAGUCGCUAUGUCACAUCAAGUUUAGCAUAAAGAGGAAUUGAAAUAGUCAAGAUAGCACUGAGAAAGUAGACAUUAAAAUAAUAUGCCAUAUUUUCCAGAAGUUAAAAACUUUAGACUGACUGCGAAAUCUAAUGCGAUCCCUAAAACUGUGGGUAUAUUGUAAUUUGAAUUGAGAUUCUCUUGCUGAGUAGAAACGUAUUAACCUUGCUUGUUUGAGUUCUUUUCUCUUCAGAGGUUCAAGUCAGGACUGCGUGGCAAUUGUUUUUAUAGGAAAGCUCAAAUCCCUCUACAUUAUUUGCUAGAUUCGUUGUGUUCCUGCCUCCAGUUCAUUUUCUCAAUUACUUCCUUUGCAUCAAAUUCCUUUUUAACAGUGAUCUCUGGAGGAUUUUCCUCUUGAAUGGUGCGCAGUUUCUUUGCUUAUGAUUCAAGUUUCCGAAAUAAAUGAGGGCUGGCAAUAGAUGUUAUAGAGAAAAAAUUUCACAUCUUCACUGAGUAUUCAAUUUACUGAUAUGUAACAGGGCUAUCCUUCGCCAGGGAUAUAGGCCUGCUGUUUUCAAGUGAUUACAAACUUAUAUAAUACUUAUAUAGUUGUUUGCAUAACAUUAAACUGAAAGCACACAAAAGAGUGGAUAGAAAACAUGCUUUCUUUCCUUAACCGGGACUAUUCUCAUUGCGGGAUACGUAUUUUCUUCAGAACCAUAAGCAUACACCUUCUAUCGGUUCGCUUCCUAUGGAAUGAAUAAGGGAAAACUCGACCAUUUGUUUUAUUUGAACUGCUUAUUUUUAACGAAAGUACUCGCCAAUACUAUCAACACACUUCCGCCAUGUUAAUAGUAAAUAAUUUACCUCUUUGCUUUUGAGACUGCUGAAUAUAGAAGGCCGAUUUUAAUUUUAUCAAUUCGAACAUGAGAAUUUCCCAGCCCGCUUCAUAAUUCUAGAUUUUUACAAUGUUAUAACAGAGGCUUAGAGUUAAAAUUAUUUCGACUUUUAUUUGUCACAUUUACUUACCUGUUUACAAUGAUACUACUGAACAUAUGUAGAUUUACCUGAACUGGAUGAUUUCCUCGUGAAAUUAUUUUAUUUCGGUUCGGUUUGACAAACAUAUCUUAUCGGAGAUAAAACCUAUAUAUAUUUAAAUCUGACGAUUACUAACUUAAAUUUAAAUUAUUUUAUUGUUAUCGUGAUUUACGUAUUCCAUGUUGUAUCACAUUUCCUUAUAGAGGUGCUGCUUUUAUGCAUAGUCAUCUACACUAUUUUUUAUAUUUUAUUUUUUAUUUGAUCUUAUUGUAUCGAGGCAAUUAGCGGAUUAUUCAAUAUUAGCUUUUUGUAUCUUUUUUGUUAAAUUUUUGAAAAUUAUACACGAAAAUCACUUGGUCUGUGGAAGCUUAAAUUUUAUGAAAAAUAGAAUACCGAGGGAUUGAAUAGAUAUUUCUUGUUUUUGAAAUUCUACCUUUUACUUUUAUUUGAUUAUAAUUUCGCAUAAUCUCUGCGCAAUAUAUUUCCACGUUACUUUAUGCAUAAGCGGAGAAAUACUUUUCUCUCCCUUGCUUGAUUUCAUAACUUUUUUAUAUUACUUAUUUUUGAGAAUAAUGCAGUAUUGUAUAUGAAGAAAAAAUAUAAAGAUCCAUUGAAAACA